AUGAAGAGAGUUGCCAUUUUAUUGACUUUAUCGCUUAUGGUUGCUUUGGCGUCAGCCGUCAGUUCAUUCAACUAUGCCACUUGUAUUCUCCAACCAGUUGGAAACUCAGGUGUCUCUGGUAACAUUCUCAUUGAAUCCAGAGGUGGCAAUAUUGCCUUUUUGACCAACUUGAACGGUCUCACUCAAACCAGCCACGGUAUGACUAUCCGUACCACUGGUGACAUCUACGGUGCAUCCACUGCAGGUGAAGUCUUGGGUGCUACUGCAGUUCCAUACGAUUGCUCCACUGUUGCCGGUUCAAUUGCUAAUGUCACCAAUGGUGUCGACGGUCUUUACAUCAAGGCUAACCUCGACAUUUCCGGUGCCAACUCGAUCGUCGGUAGAGUUUUGGCCAUCACUGAUGUCGCCGAAGGUUGCAACACCACCGCCAGCGCCACCGUCCUCGCCCAAUGUGUCAUCGGUAUCGGUAACAAAGACUUUAUUCCACAAGGUUCUGGUAUCACCCCACCAGCCAGCGGUAUCGUCAACACCAUCGCCUACCAGGCAGCCGAUGCCAGCACUCCACAAUCUGGUAUUUGCAAUCUUUCGCCAACCACCGGUAACACUGUCAACGGUAUCGUCUACUUCAACUUGGAAACCAACGGUAGUAUCACCGUCACUGCCGCCAUCAACAACUUGGACACCUCUUCUGCCCACGGAAUUCACAUCCACGGUUUCGGUGAUUUGAUUUUGGCCAACGGUUCCUCCGUAGGUGGUCACUGGAAGACCGGUUCUCAAGUACACAACUUGCCACCAAACAACACCCGUGAGCUCGGUGAUUUGGGUAACGUCUGUGUCUACGAGAGCAAGAUCGGUUACUACAAAUACAACACCGACUACUUUGGAAACCAAAACUCUGUCAACAACUUCAUUGGUCGUGCCGUCGUUAUCCACGCCAUCCGUGACGCCGGUUUCAACGCUACCUUUGGUGCCCGUAUUGCCCAAUGUGUCAUUGGUCUCGGAACUGCCACCAGCCACCAAACUAUCCCAUCAACCCUCAGUUUCGCUUCCGAACCAAUCUGUACACCAGAUACCACCACAACCACUGGUUCCACCACCACCACCACCACCACUGAUGCUACCACCACCGGUACCACAACUGGUUCAUCCUCCACCAUUGUUCCAGCUUUCAUUAUGAUCAUCUCUUUGAUCAGUUUCUUAUUGUUGUAA